UGUGGUUCUGUGCAGUGAGUCACACGGAUAGAAUAUGGCUGGUCUUGUUUACUGACUUCAGUCGUGACACAACACGCACUGUUUGUGCCAGAUAAAAAUCACCUGCUCUGAUGUUUUCCACACCUAACGGAACAGUGAACUUGAACCGGAGAGCAUCGAAGGAUUUAACGUUAAGCUAGACAAAGAACAGGAUUCAGCGCCAGCUGUCUAGCUCGCCAUCUACUUUUGGCAAGUGAUUUUUGUAACGGUCUUUUCAUUUGCAUCUCUGUGAGAUACCUUGCCAGCGAAUAUUGUUGACGUUCGUGUAUGUAUUAGAAGCUCGAUUGCUGUCAGUUUAGAACUUUAUUUUGGAGAAUUUAUAGUACAUGAAAUGGUAUUGAAUGGAAGACGGACGUGGACCGAAACACUGCGAACAAUGACGAAUCGUUUAAGUUAAUGUUUAGAUAUUGUUAUAUUUAUUCGGUAAAGAUUAGCCUGCUGAUGAAGCAAUAAUGUGCCAUAUGUGUUGCUGUUAGCAAUACUGGAAGCUGAGACACAAAGUCGGUAACGUUAGCUAAUGUUAGUUAGCAGGUUAUGCAGAUGCAUUUUAUUACAGCUGAUCAGUAAAGUGGGGAGACAUGAAGUCAUACUGCAAGAAUACUGGACGAUAACAUUUAUUUAACACCUUUCUAGUCCGAUAGUUUGGAAAGAUGAUUGGUUCCCCUGAUGUGGUUGCUUUUACCAAAGAGGAUGGUUUUGGGGAGGUGUAUGCAGACCCCUGGGUGAUCCCAGAAGAGUUUUCUGUGCCUCUGUUUCCUCAUUCUGGAAAUGGCAAUCCUUGGACAAAGACAUCUUAUGCUAAAUUUACCAAGGAUUUUAUUCUCAUUUCUGAGUUUUCAGAGCAAGUUGGCCCACAACCUUUACUCACCAUCCCAGAUGAGUCUAAAGUUUAUGGCACCUUCGAUCUGAACUAUUUCUCCCUGCGGAUCAUGUCUGUGGAUUAUCAGGCUUCAUUCGUUGGCCAUCCUCCUGGCUGUGGCUAUCCAAAGCUGAAUUUUGUGGAGGACUCAAAAGUUGUACUUGGGGACUCAAAAGAAGGUGCUUUUGCAUAUGUCCACCACUUGACUCUUUAUGACUUGGAGGCCCGUGGUUUUGUUAGGCCAUUCUGCAUGGCUUAUAUUUCAGCAGAUGAGAGAAAGAUCAUGCAGCAAUUUCUAGAGCUGUCCUCUGAGUUCUCCAAGGCAUCAGAGUGUUUGAAAACUGGAAACCGUAAGGCUUUUGCUAAGGAGCUAGAAAAUAAACUAAAAGACUUGGAAUAUACCAGAAGUGUAUUGCACAAGGAGACAGAGCUGCAUGAAAUGAGCAAUGGCUGCUUUUCCACUCAAGCUAUAGAGAAAGCUAAUGAGUUGGCAAAUGUUGAAAAAUCUAUAUACGAGCACAAAGAUUUGUUAAAGCAGAUCACAUCCUACCCAAAUAGAAAAAUGAAAGAUCCUGAAUUUCUGCCAUAUGAAUCUGGCAACCCUAUUGACUCAACUGAUCUAGGCCAGGAAGCCACAUUCAGUGAAUUUGACUCUGAAAAUCAGUCAGAAGAUCACAGUAUUGAACGGAGACCCUCUUACACCCCUCAACUCAUUAAAGCAAAGUCAGCUAAAUGUUUUGAUAAGCGCUUGAAAACACUGGAAGAGCUCUGUGAUUUAUACUUUUUUCAUCAGACAAUGGAUCAGCUAAGGUUAAUUGAGAAGACCUUCCGUGGUGACCUGUCCUACAUCUACACUGGUCAGAUCGACCAAGCUUUGUUGAAAAAACUUAAAAUCACAAACUUCCUUUUUGAGGAUAGUGAGUGGGAGGAAGAGAAAUCUGAGCAGCAAUUCUGUGAUGGGAAACAAACUAUGAAUUUUAACCUACCUCCAGCUUCCAUCUUGUCAGUUGAGCCAUUGAUUCUGGAUGCCUACACCUCAUGUGUUGAAACUGUGCCUAUUAAACUGGAGCCAGAAACAAAUGAAGAUGGAAUUCAGGAAGGAGAGCUGACUGUGUCCAGACCCUGUGACCUCAAGCAGGACAAUACUGAUGAUGGUAUUGAUGCUGAAAUGAAAGGCAGUCAAAGUAGUGGUGAGAGCAUUGAGGUUCUGGGAACUGAGAAGUCAUUUAAAACUCAGGGACCAUCAGUGGAUGCAAACAGUGAGGCAAACCUUCAGCCACCUUAUCCUGAAGUAGUCCGGAGGAAAAUUGUCACCAGGAGGACUUGCAGUGAGGACAGCAUUGACAUCCUGAGCAUUUCUGAAUCCAUUAUACCUGAGGACCUGCGAGCAUCCUACCCAAGUGCUAUUUGUGAAGAAGAACUCCCUGUCGAGAACUGUGCAGAUCCUAUACACAAUCAGACAUUGUUGAAUGAAGUCCCAGACAUGCUGGAUGAGUGCAUUUAUGAACCAGAAACGAACCUGCAGGCAGAGACGUGCUGUGUUGGAAAAGAGGAUCACAUUCAUAUGGGCUCCUCACCUGAGCUGGCCCAGGAGUGCUGUGCUAAUGGAGUGGUGAUACAGGAGCUACAGUCUGGCCAUCAGGGGGAUCCUACUCUGCAGGGAGAGUUCUCUCUUGAUCAGGCAGUCUUUUCUGAAGCCUCUCCUUCUGGGCUUCCUCUGUGUGAAUUGAACCCAAACUAUCUCUCAGGUGAUGUCUCUAGAAUUAACUUUGAUGACCUCUCUGACAGCACCAGCUUCAUGAGUGCCUCCACUAGUUCUGACACAACAUAUUCACCCUUUCUUUAUGGAACUCCCAUUACUGUGAAGCACAAGAAGAAGGCUGGGCAGAGUGCUUUGAGGUUCAUCAGACAGUACCCUUUUGCCCAGCAAGCUAUAUUCUGCCUUCUGAGAGGCAUGACUCUUGUGGUUUUGGGAGCUGAUGAAGGGACGGUGAGAAAGCUGGUUAAUGCUUUGACCAUUUAUGUGCCCAAACUCGGUAAGCAUGGGGAAACUGUAAAGCAAUGGCUGUCUUCACCAUUCCAACUGACUGACCUGCAGAACUGGAAGCUCAUUGGCCUUCACAGGACGGCCUCUCCAGCAGGUUCAAGCAUGCUGCACUCCCUGACCCGUUAUAGUCGCUACAUCAGCAUCCUGGACAUUGACCACAAGACCCUGCGUUGUCCACCAUACAAGGGCUCUUUGAUUGGGCAAAUGGUUGACCAUCGUACUCUGAUCAAACGUGGGAGCACCUACUUCAUGCAUGUGCAGAGCAUGCAAACACAGCUGAGCUCCAAGGCUUUCCUUUAUACCUUCUGCCAUCAUCUCCACCUCCCCAUACGUGCAGAUGAAGACCAAAAUGAUGUGGUGUCACGAAGGACCAACUUUCUGCACCACAACUUGGGCUACAGUGAGGAUGACUGCAAAAUUGUGCAGUUUCUGUCUGAGCUAAUCAAACACCAUUACCUGCAUGGUGCUAGCAAGGGGGUCACACUGCCUGUUUUCAGCUUUAACUAUACCACCAGCUUUUUGUACAAAAUUUAGGUGUGAAUGUUGUUAUACUGGCACCUGAGCAAUUUGAAGGUUUCCUUCAAUUCUUACCCUGGUAGGAACAGGAGAUGAAGGAAAACAAUGAAUUUAAAUCUUUUUAUUUUUGCUCAAGUGAUUCACUGUAGUGUGCUGUCAUAAGUGUCGAUUGAGUGAUGCAUUUGCUGUUGAAUGUGGUUUACUCAUGUAAUUUUGAUCUCUAAAGUGCUAUUUAUUAUGUAAUUGCUCAGCCUUAUUAUUGAAAACAGCCAUUGACAUAUAUACUGUUGAGCAGAAAUUAAUAUCUCCCAGAGGGGUACUGCAGCUGAAGGCCUAUUUACCACAAUGUCUUUCUAGUAUGAUGGAUGAAGACAAUAUGUGUACCUGCAAGUAAUUAACCUUAUGGUGCCAUACUGAUCCAUGUUUUGUAAAAAAACAUACUGAAUGCAAAGCUUAUGUAAUUAGAUCACAAUUGUUUUACCAAACCAGUUUUGCUGAGAGCUGAAAAUGGUCAAGUACCCUGACCAGUUCUAUCACUGUAAAGUGAUGAGAAAAAUGAAUGCGGUUUUAAUUUUUCCUUUUUGUGCAUUUUUUUUCAGAAGUGCAGGCUGCUAUAGUGCUUUUUGAUUCUGUUUGGUAAAUGGUAUUGAUCUCGGAAAUGAUUUCAUUCAAGCAUUUCAACUAGAACAUUUUCUUAGAAUGUAAAUGUGCACUUUUUUUCCUUUAAGAAAAAAGUUAAUGAAAAUGGCAGAUGAAGUGAAAUGAAACCAUGAUCAAUGGUACGGGUAGUGCAUCAGUUAACAAACUAAAUCCCAAAUUUUCUAUGCUUCUUAAAUGUUUCAAGUGGUAUAAAAAAGUGUCCAAUAUCCAAACUGUCUUGUGCUAACUUUCAAACUGUUUGAGGUUGUUUAUAUUUUGGAAAGGUUUAAUCUUAUUGUUAAUUUUAUCUUCCUGACAACAAACUAAAGUUAACAAGCAUCACUAACCUAGAAAUGAAGACAAAUGUUAGUGCCCUCCCAGGUUAAACAUACUGAAGGAGAAAAUGAAUCAUACUUGACUGAUUAAUUACAUUUUGAAAACUCUUUAUUUAGAUGGAAUUGAAUUGCAUCAAGUAUUAUGCAUGGACAAUGCGUAUAAAAUGAUGCACAAGCUCUUGCAUGUUUCACAGACUAUUAUUUGUUGCAUAUUCAUCAACCUUUAUGCUAAAUGGAAAGUCUUGUGGAUAGUUUGCAAAUAAGUUAGAUACUGUUGUCCAAAUGUGCAACUAUGUGAAUGUAAUAUGGGUGUCAGUAUGGCAGAAGUAAUAUGUUACUGGUUUAAAUAACUAGAAAUUAUCCCGUUCAUUCCAAUAAUUCAUAACUUUAUGAGCUGUUGAAUGGCAUAAAAGGAAUGGUCUGCCAAAUCCAGGUAAUAGUAGUGAAUCAUCAAUCGUCCAAAGUGGCCUAUUGGCCUAUUCUGUUCCAGUUUCUUUACAACUGUGUAUCAAACAUCUUGACCAGUGUUUUUGUUUUAUGUUUAUUGAACUUGUGAAGGUAACCGUGAACUAUGAGCCCUCUGAAUUGAAUUGCAGCACAAAUGUGAACUCGCUAAAUCUUGACGUACAUAUUUUGUUUAAUUUAUGCAUCCCAUGAAGUGUCAUGUAAAACAUUUAGACAUUUGUAGAUCAAUCUUAUUCUGGGACCUUUUGUUUCCUUGCUAGGUUUGCUGGAUAUUUGUUCUUCCUCUGGUAAAUUUCCAUAAAAUUGCUAUAUAAUGAAAUAAGAUUGUUCAACAAUCUGUAUAUACGUUUGGGCUCCAGAAUUAUUGGCAACCCUUACUGGCAAUGCACAAAUACUGUAUUGAGAAACUCAAAAUGGCAACUUGAAAAAUACAUAUUUUAUUAAUAUUCCAAUAGAACAAACCAAAAUCAAACAUUCAUUUAAUAAAAGCAGAUUUCACCAAAAUCAAGGUUUCAUAAGUAUUGGCACCCUAGGUUUAGUACUUGGUGCAUCCACCUAUGACAAGGAUAACAGCAUGUCCUUUUCCUCUAAUGCUUGACAUAGUUAUGGAACGCAUUUGGAGGGAUUUUGGACCAUUCUUCUAUGCAGAUCCUUACAAGAUCCUUCAAAUUUUUGGGUUUGCGCUAAUCAGCUGCCCUCUUCAGUUCAGCCCACAGGUUUUUCAAUUGGAUUGAAGUCCGGCAGCUGAGAUGGCCAUUACAGAACAGAUUUUGUCACAGAAGAGAUUCUGUAUGGAUUUUGCGGUAUGCUUUGGGUCAUUGUCUUGCUGGUCCACCUACAGCCCAGUCUCAGCUUUGGGUAGAAUGUAUGGGAUUGGAUUUGUGUUUGAAUGUCAUUCAGCUAAGACACCCUUUUCCUACCCAUAUCCAGUUGCAGUACAUAAAUUGUUGGGUCAGAAUAUUGAUUUCUACACAUUUCAGUACAAUUGGUAACCUAGUAUGGGAAUUCACAAAGCCUUUGUAUGCAUGCCCAUGGGCAGGGUGUAAUGGGCUGUAUCCUGCUCUAGAAAUCUUAUCAAUUAGGGUAUAACUGGGAUAAAAACCUGUAUGUACCCAUCUUGUAUGUGCCAAUGUCGGAAUUAUAUUUUGCACAGAAAUGUUUGGAAUGAUUCAGAAUGUUUUGUUAAAUUGCAAUUUGCUUUUGUAUGUUUUGAGAGUUGUAAACACCAGAACUUAAUAUAUUUAAUAAAAUGUUUAAUCUGA